AUGAGUUUGUACAUGAGAAUAGUCGUGCUGGCACUUGUCUACCUGUUCAACGGAGUGGAAUCGUCUCAGGAGAUCAUGAAACAAUUAUCUUUGAAUUUCGGCAAAGCUUACGACAGCUGUAAGAAGGAACUGGAGCUGCCCAACGAAGUGGACACGGAUUUCUUUAACUUCUGGAAGGAGGACUACCAGCUGACGAACCGGCUGACAGGCUGCGCCAUUAUGUGCAUGUCCAACAAGCUCGACCUGCUGGACCCGGAUGGCAAGAUGCAUCAUGGCAACGCGCGCGAGUUCGCCAAGAAACAUGGCGCCGACGAUUCGAUGGCACAACAGCUCAUAGAUAUUCUCCACAACUGCGAGAAAGGAGCAUCGCCGGGCCCAGAUGGUGAUGCGUGUGUACAAGUUCUGGAGAUAUCAAAGUGCUUCAAGGUGGAGAUUCACAAGUUGAACUGGGCUCCCAGUAUGGACCUGAUCAUGGCUGAGGUUCUGGCGGACGUAUAA